ACCACAUCCUUUAUAAUCAAAGGAAACAAAAAAUGACACCCACGUAUACAUAUGUUUACAGGUGUUAUAAAAGAACAGCACUUCAGUGAGAAGGCAGCUUGUUUUAAAUAGGGAAUUUCUGUAUAAUCAGCGUACCGAUACAGGCAAAAGAUGAGUAGGGGAAAACGUCGUUACAACGAAAUGAACGAAAGCAGUGUUACUCCGGAUGAAGAUUUCACUGUCUGUGUUGAGAUAGCGGACAGACCAAAAACUGCUUGCAAGGCUAUCAUGAAUGUACAGUUGACUGGGGAUGGCGUGGUCAGUGAAGAAGACGAGUUUGUGGUAUCUGAAUUCCCAAAACAUGUCAAAAGGGGUCAGAAAUAUUACUUCCCAAUAAACGAAUCAAAGAUUAAGAAUGUUACAGGCGUCAAAGUUCGUGGUGAUAUGAUGGUUGGCAAGGCUGGUUGGAACAUCGAUAAAUUUACGGUUACCAACAAUAAAACAGGACAGCAGAACGUCAUUCCUGUUUUUACAAAUAUCAAGAGUGAACGCACGUACACAUUCCUAGUAGAUGAUGUAUCCCUGCCACAAAUGGACUCUAGGAGAGCAGAAAGACAAAACGAUCUGGAAGAAAUGAGGGAUUUGUACGAGCUUAUCGAAGAGAAACUUCCAGGUGGUCCGCCAUUGGUGAAGACAUUACCAUCAGAGGAAGAGUUUUCGUUCAGCUAUAAGUUAGAGAUAGUUGGGAAGCUGAAGGAGUUAGAACUUGACGCCAAAGUCAGAGAACUGUUUUCUGGUGGAUUUAAGGAAAUGGCAGACAUUGAGAAAGUUUACCAUUGGGUAUUUGAUGUGUUUCCAGAGCCGUCGAAUCUCAACAGGUGGCGAGAUGAUGUUCUGUUUGGAAUGCAACGUCUGAUGGGUGUAAACAGCAAUGUUAUUUCCUUGUGUACAAAGAUACCAGAAAAGCUUAAUGUCAAUGGCGAGAUGCUACAGCCGUUUCUUGAAAACCUAUCACUCCCAGAGGCUCUAAAGAGAAAAAGAAUUUUCAUAAUCGAUUACGAAAUAUUACAGAAUCUACCAACAAAAGCUGGAUACGUGAUGAGCGCUCCCAUAGCGUUAUUUUUCCAACGUAAUGAUGGUAAAAUAGUGCCAAUCGCUAUUCAGCUUUUCCAGAAAUCUGGUGUGGCUAAUCCUGUUUUCUUUCCAAGUGAUCCUGAAAACACAUGGAUUCUAGCAAAGAUGUGGUUCAAUGUAGCGGAUGCAAAUUAUCAUCAGUCUGUUACACAUCUUGGCCUCACUCACUUGAAGAUGGAAGGCGUUGUCGCUUCUACACACAGGCAGAUACACAAAUGUCACCCAGUGUACAAACUGCUAAUGCCGCACUUCAUCUAUCUUUUGGCAAUCAAUUCAUCUGGCCUUCCACUAUUGCUAGAUCAGGGCGGUUAUGGAGACAAACUACUUACACUUGGCAGCGAUGGAAUGAAAGCGCUAAUAGUUCGAAAACAUAAGAAGUGGAGAUUGGACGUUGAAGGUACUUUGCCAGCUGAUCUGAAAAGAAGGGGCGUCGACAAUCAGAAACUGCUUCCCCAUUACUACUACAGAGACGAUGCCUUAGACCUCUACAAAGCUGUCCGGUUGUAUGUUAGGAAAUAUCUUGAUCUAUAUUAUGCCUCGGACAAUGAAGUUAGAGAUGACUAUGAACUACAGAAUUGGAGGAAAGAGCUCACUGCUCCCGUAAGCAAACAGGGUCUCGACAUGAAGGGAGUGUUUGGAGAAAAUGGCAAGUUUAGCAGCAAGGAGCAGGUAUGCCUUACUUUGACAAGCAUUAUCUUCACAUGUAGUGCUCAACAUGCUGCCGCUAACUUCCGACAGUAUGAGGAGUACGCCUAUCCACCAAAUCUUCCGCUAAGUCUUCGUGGAGGUCCGCCAAAAAGUAAAUGUGCUUUAGAGGAGGAUGACUUGGUCCAAAGCGUACCAGAGAAAACGACAACAUACGACACCAUGGUCAUUACUAAUGUCCUUAGUACAAGAGCAAUGAACAAGCUAGGUGACUUCGAGGUCAAGUAGAUCACUGAUGAAAAGGCGCUGAAGGUAGUUGAUGAAUUUCGAGCAGAUCUUGCACGUAUUGCCAAAGAAAAUAGAGAAAAGAACAAGACAAGAUUAGAAAGAUAUACAUGUUUGAAUCCUAAUCUUGUACCUAACUCAAUAAGUAUAUGAUCAUGAUUACAACGGUUAGAUAUAUACACCGCUGAUACAACUGUAUAAAGGAUUUUUCAAUUCAUCAAAACUUUUUUUAUCACAGUGGAGUGUCUAAAACACCCUAGCACAACUUCAAAAUUUCUUAAUGAUGGUUUUACAACAUAAGAUUUGCUUACAGUGAAGAAUUCUAGGGUAUUUGCUUAGUGGACAUGGAUGAAAGGAAUUACCAUCUCCAUUAAAAUACAUUUGGGAGCCAAGAUCUGUCUUCACUUAUUUAUGAAAACUGAAUGAAUUACUAGAACAAAUGUCUGAAAAUUUAUCAGCGUUUUACUGGUAUUGAAAACUUCACAGCGUCGUAAAUGUGAUAAUUAUUUUAUGUAAUUCAGAAUUCAAUGCUAUUUUUAUGCGUUUAUACGGGUAUAAACAAUAUUGAGACCUCUUGAGAAUUCAUAAUUCCUGAUUAUUUGCUAGAAAUCCCAAUGUGUUUUAUACCCGUACAAACGCACAAAAAUAACGCCUUCCGGUAAAAAUACAGUUCUUUGUUAUGGGUUAAAUCCGGUGAAAAAUCACACGGUCGUAUCGAUUUAAUUUUGAUCUUUACCAGCAGAAACAUUAGAUUUAACUAUAGUUUAAUGUUCUUUUUAAAAUUUUGACGUCAAAGUUUUAAAGAUUUUUUCACAAAACGCCAAUUCAUUUAUGUUUUUUUUAUUGACGUCAGAUUGCGCGUGCAAUCUUGCGGUAAGGGCCGCACUCGAUAUUACUUCACCAAUCUUGUUUUUACGAAAAUAAACGCUAUUUUUUUCUUUCUAUGCAAAUUAAACAAUGAAUGUAAAUAUUAUGUAUUAUGCACUAUAUUACUGUUUAAUCAAGAAGUGUUUACUAUUUAUAAACGGUAUGUCACAGAUAUUAUUCUAACUCUGAUUAAUUGUAAUUAAGGCAGUGUAUCCGUAAUGACGAUAGGCAUUUCCCGUUAGUUUUUAUGAGCCGCGCCAUAAGAAAACCAACAGUGCAUUUGCGACCAGCAUGAAUCCAGACCAGCCUGUGCAUCCGCACAGUCUAGUCAGGGUCCAUGCUGUUCGCUUUCAAAGCCUAUUGCAAUUAGAGAAAUUGUUAGCGAACUGGUCGCAAAUGCAAUAUGUUGGUUUUCUCAUGGUGCGGCUCAUUUAUUGACCGUACGCUAAUUCGGCAUUCUCAAAUUGUUAUGAAAAAAGCAAUUUUCUGUCUUAGUUGCCGAAGCAAGAAUAAAAUACAUUUUCAUUGUUGCUCCACAUCCUUAACUUCCUUAUUAUUUCUUAGUUUUAUAAGUGUGCUUGUUCACAAACUAUAAUAUCAUAUUUUCUGUAUUUCUUUAUCAUAAUGUAUAGCAUGUUGUUCAUUAUAACUGUCAACAGCU